AUGCAGCCGCAAUUUGGGCUCGUGUUGCAGACCGUCCCACGAGAACAAAUCCGACUCUACUUUGAGAGGGUACUUCGGAUGAAACCAUGUAAUCCCGUCCAUGACCGUCGGUUUCCUUUUAUCAGUUUCGGUGGAGCGGGGACGCAUUUUCCCUCUGCGGGGCAGGACUCUCGUUCUCAGAACCUUCUUCGCUUUCGUGAGACAAAUGGCGUGUCGGCGAUUCCCAGUGAUGAAGAAUGGUUUGAUAUCAAGGAUAUAGAAGGGUUCUUGAUAGAACAGGGCAUCAAAACUGAGGAGAGAUAUGAAGCCUCAGUCACCUCUUCAUCUAUUACGAACAGCAAUCCAAGUGCGAGGCCUGGAUUGUUACUCCCAAGUGGUAACCUCGUGGGUUCAGCUGACCUAACUAGCCAUAGUCCAACUGCCUCCAGUAAUGUGGUUAUGGUCCUGGACGAGGCCACCCUUAUUGAUAUUUGGGGACCACACAAAUGA